AUCGAAGAAUCCCGUCCUAGAAUAACUGGAUCCCAUCAUGUCACGAUUGAUUGUGAAAAAUUUACCCAAAGAUCUUACAGAGGAAAAGUUCCGUGAGCAUUUCGCCAAGAAAGGCGAAGUAACCGAUGCCAAGCUGAUGCGUACUCAAUAUGGCAGUUCGCGUCGCUUUGGCUUUAUUGGUUAUCGUACUGAAAAGGCCGCUUAUGCUGCCAUGAAGCAUUUCAACGAUACUUAUAUUAACAUGUCCAAGAUCACAGUGGAAAAGGCCAUUCCUUAUGGAUCGGAAGCUUUGCCUCGACCAUGGAGUCGAUAUACGGAAGGAUCUUCAGCGAACGAACGCAUGACGGGUGCAACGUCCAAUAAAGGGGAGCAGUUUGCUGUGGAAGAGACGGACGCUUUUAGGGAACGACAGAACAAGAAGGACGAAUUUAUCAACUCACUUCGUCCUGAAGACAAGGAUUCAAAGUUGAAAGAGUACCUGCAAGUGAUGACUUCCCGAACAAAGAGCAAAACCUGGGCCAACGACGAUGUGAAUGCGAACGAGACGUCUGUCAAGGCGAAAGUAAAGACGGCGGCUGUGGCCAAUCGAAAGACCGGUGGUGCUGGUCAAUUGUUAACGAAAACCCACGUGACGUUUGAGGAUUCAGACGAUGAGUUGUAUGAAGAUUUACCCGCCCAAAAACCAAAAGAUACCACCGAUAAUGAUGGGGACUCGGAAGAGGAAGAGGAGGCGGAAGUUGAAGAUGAAGAAAUGGCAGAAGCUGGUACGGAAGAAGAUGAAGAAAUCGGAGCGGUGACGGAUAUGGAGACGAACAAUGGAUUGGACCAAGAACCGUCCGAGGAAAAUGCAGAAAACAAGGAUACCCCGAUCCCUGAGAAGAAAGAAGAAGUGAUUUCGGAUCCAAAAAUGCUAAUUGAGGAUACGGGGCGUCUCUUUGUGCGUAAUUUAUCAUAUGCUUGCACUGAGAAGGACUUGAAAACACUUUUCUCCAAAUAUGGACCGUUAUCCGAGGUUCACAUGCCGAUCGCAAAGGAUACUAAACGGUCCAAAGGUUACGCCUACAUACUGUUUCUCAUGCCUGAACAUGCGGUGAAAGCAUUUGAAGACUUGGAUAUGAAGACCUUCCAAGGAAGAUUAUUACACAUCAUUCCCGCCAAAGAAAAACCGCAACCGCGUGAAGACGAACUUCUCGGUCCCAAUGGCACCAAACUGAGUUCUGUCAAGAAGGAAAAAGAGAAGAAGCGAAAAGAUUUGGCCGCCAGUGACUUUAAUUGGAAUUCUCUGUAUAUGAGUAGCGAUGCCAUUGCUGCGUCGAUUGCUGACCGUUUGGGAGUGGAAAAGUCCGAUGUGCUGAAUGCUGAUGCCAAUAAUAUGGCCGUACGAUUGGCGUUGGCUGAAACCCAGAUUGUGACGGAAACAAAAGAAUUUUUUGAAAAGAAUGGCAUUAUUCUGGAGAAUUUUGGCAAGAAAGAGCGCAGCGAUACUGUGAUCUUGGUGAAGAACAUUCCUUUUGGUACCAGCGAAGAUGAACUUCGUCAACUGUUUGGUAAAUUCGGUGAAUUGGGUCGAGUUCUUAUUCCUCCUGCUCGCACCAUGGCGGUGGUAGAGUUCCUAGAGCCUACCGAAGGUCGUACCGCUUUCAAGGCAUUGGCCUAUCGACGAUUCAAAGAUACAUUGAUCUACCUCGAGAAAGCGCCCACUGGCGUUUUCCGCGAUAAAUUUGAUCGUGAUCUGCUCAAGAAGAAAGAAACAGAAGAAACACCCAAGAUCCGUAGCGGUGUGGAUCUUAUUGACACGGCCAAAGAAGACGAAGAUUUGUCGGACGUUUCCACCUUGUUUGUCAAGAAUCUCAAUUUCGCUAGCACACCCGAAGAUUUACGCCGAGUGUUUGCGUCUCUGGAAGGCUAUAGAUCAUCGCGUAUCAAUGUCAAGCCCGAUCCCAAGCACCCAGGCAAGACGUUGAGCAUGGGCUUUGGUUUCGUCGAAUUCAGUACCAAGGACAAUGCCGAAAAGGCACUCAAAGCGAUGCAAGGGUACAUGUUGGACGGACAUGCCUUGGAACUCAAAUUCUCUCAUCACAAAUCAGAUACCGGUAAAGCCGGAGCCCAGAAAGCGGAAGGUACCAAAUUGGUGGUGCGCAACGUUCCUUUCGAAGCAACCUCCAAAGAUCUGCGCGAACUAUUCGGUACUUAUGGUCAGUUGAAAUCGCUUCGAUUGCCCAAAAAAUUCAAUGGCGGUCAUCGUGGUUUUGCUUUCCUUGAUUUCAUGACCAAGCAAGAAGCCAAGAACGUGUUUGACAAUAUGGCCAGUAUCCAUUUGUACGGUCGACAUUUGGUACUGGAGUGGGCCAAGGAGGAAGAUGAUAUCGAGUCCCUGAGACAAAAGACAGGCAAAAACUACGCCAAGGAGGAAAACUUUGGUGGUCGACUGACCAAGCGCAGCAAGGUGGACUUGGAUGAUGAGGGCAACGACGACAUGUUAGAGUAGUGGAGCUUUUUUUUUUCUUUCCUUUUUCUAUAAUUUUCAUUCUACCCUUUUUACUAUUGCAUCUGUUUUAUUUUAGCAUUUCUCUAUAGAAGCAAACACCGGCAUUUCUUUUUUUGGUUUUCACCUUCAAAUCGAGUGAUGAACUGCCUUUGAAAAUUGUGAUGGAACCGGACAGUGGGAAUUUGUAUGAUGAUAACUCCGUUUCUCCACGUGUCUUUUGAGGCUACCAUGUUUUUCAUGGGGGCCGUG